AUGCCCCUUAAUGCUUUCAUAUUAAGAGAUACCUCCACUACUCAUCCAGAUGAUGAGCUUGCUUUGUCAGACUUUGAGAAAAAGCUUUGUAAGCACUUCCAGUGUAUAGAGAUAAAGGGGAAACGCAGACGAAAGGUCCCCAUCCUUCUCACUUCAGAUAUGAUGGCGUCCAUGGACUUGCUUGUCAAGACUCGCCAGAACUGGGAUGUGCCUGAUGAGAAUCCCUUCCUGUUUGGGAGACCACAGGCACUCAGUCACUUCAGAGGAUCAGAUGUUAUCCGUCACAUUGCUCAAAGCUGUGGAGCGAGUCACCCAGAAGCGUUGUCCUCUACCAAACUCAGAAAGCACAUGGCUACUAUGUCCAAUGUCCUCAACCUCAAAGACAAUGAAAUGGAUGACCUUGCUGACUUCCUUGGGCAUGACAUCAGAAUACACCGCCAGUAUUACAGGCUGCCCGAAGGCACAUUACAGCUUGGCAAAGUGAGUAAAGUCCUCAUGGCCAUGGAGCAAGGACGACUGGCUGAAUUUAAAGGAAGGAAUCUGGAUGAAAUCAACAUUGAUCCACAAGAGACAAUGGCUGUGGACAUCGAUGCAUCAGUUUUGGAGGAGGAUGACAUGACUGGGAAGGAUGCUGCGUCUUCUACUUCAUCUUCACCUUGAUCAUCAG